AUGGAUCAAACAGGUUAUGUUAGUUACCUAGCUACAGAGAAAGGUAAUCCUAACUUAGUCAGAUAUGGUUAUGAUAGCUGGGGUAAUAUUUGUGGACAAAGUAAUGAAAAUCUCAACAUUUCUGCCCAGUUUGCUGGAAGAAAUAUGGUCGACAGACCGUUACAGCUGUUAGUGGUAGUGUUGAUUUUAUUGGUUAUGAGGAAGAGAAUUAAGUUGGUUGUGAAGUUAUUUAAGGAAGCUGGAAGAGUUAUAACCCAUAUACCCCUUCUAAUUUUACAGCCUAUAUGGACAUUACUGAUACUAAUGGCGGCAGUUGCUGGUCUUCUUGUAAUAGCCCUGUAUAUAGAAACAUCUAAAGUACCGUAUUUACGAUGGUACCAUAUAUUUGGUAUAUUUUGGAUUUCGGCUUUUAUCGUAGCAUGUCAAGAUUUAGUUAUAGCAGGAGCUGUAUCUAUAUGGUAUUUCACUAGAAACAAAACAAAACUUGGAUGUCCGAUAGGCCGAUCAACCUGUAACCUCAUAAGGUAUCAUAUUGGAUCUGUUGCUUUUGGAUCAUUUCUGAUAGCUCUUGUUAGAUUUGUUCGUUUUAUUCUCAUGAUUAUACAGAAGAAAUUAAAAGGAAAGACCAAUAAAUUUGCUGAAUUUAUUAUGAAAAUGUUGGCCUGUUGUUUGUGGUGUUUUGAACGAUUCCUGAAAUUUAUUAAUAGAAAUGCGUAUAUAAUGAUUGCUAUUCAUGGGGAUAAUUUUUGUAAUGGAGCAAGAAAAGCUUUAGUUACAAUUGUAAACAAUGCAUUAAGAGUUAUAGCUAUUAAUACUGUUGGAGAUUUUCUACUAUUUCUCAGUAAACUAGGCUGUGUAGCUUUGGUUCUCAUUAUUGGAAAUGAACUUCUACCGUUUCAUCCUGAUCUAACGUAUAAAUAUGUUCCAUUGACGUUUGGUGGUGUUAUAGCUUUUGCUAUAGCUCAUUGUUUUAUGCUGGUUUAUGAAAUUGUUCUAGAUACCUUAUUUAUGUGUUUUUGUGAAGACUGUGAUAUGAAUAAUGGAAAUGAUAAACCAUAUUUUAUGAGUAGAAAUCUGAUGACAUGUGUUAGUAAUAUUGAAACAUUUAAAGGUAGAUCCCCCAAAUCCAGUCCAAAAUCACCAAGAAAGAAAUAACCCCCAUGCAGAGUCUGAUCCCAAAACUACAAAACCAGUCAAAAACCGCCAAGAAUCACCAAACCAUUUCAAAAUAAACAAGAAAUAACAGAGAUAGACAUGCAGAAACAAAUAGACCUGCAUGAUAAGCAGACUAUAUGCAAAAUUCAUCAUGAAAAACUGCUGAAAUAAAUUAGUCCACAUCACCAUGGAAACAAUAGAGACUUGUUGAUACUAGUCAACAAUAUUGCCAUGCAAAUAAUGAAAUGAAAUAGCUCCAGACAUAAAAACAAUAGAGACUUGAUGAAACUAGUCAACAAUAUUGCCAUGGAAACAUUAAAAUAAAAUAGCUCCAAACAUAGAAAGCAUAGAGACUUGUGGAAACUAGUCAGAAAUCACUAUGGAAAUAUGUUGAAAUAGAAUAGUUGAAAAUAACCAGAGAAAGCAUAGAGGAAGCAAUAGUUCCCCAAAACACAGGGUAAAAAAAAACCAGAGCCAGACAUCAAAUUUUUCAUUGUCAUAGACAA